AUGCCAGCGUGGCGGUGCCCAGGAUGGCAGCGUGGAGGCGCCCAGGAUGGCAGCGUGGCGGCGCCCAGGAUGGCAGCGUGGCGGCGCCCAGGAUGGCAGCGUGGCGGCGCCCAGGAUGGCAGCGUGGCGGCGCCCAGGAUGGCAGCGUGGCGGCGCCCAGGAUGGCAGCGUGGCGGCGCCCAGGAUGGCAGCGUGGCGGCGCCCAGGAUGGCAGCGUGGCGGCGCCCAGGAUGGCACCGUAGCGGUGCCCAGGAUGGCAGCGUGGCGGUGCCCAGGAUGGCAGCGUGGCGGUGCCCAGGGUGGCAGCGUGGCGGUGCCCAGGAUGGCAGCGUGGCGGUGCCCAUGAUGGCAGCGUGGCGGUGCCUAGGAUGGCAGCGUGGCGGCGCCCAGGAUGGCAGCGGGGGCGGUGCCCAGGAUGGCAGCGUGGGCGGUGCCCAGGAUGGCAGCGUGGCGGCGCCCAGGAUGGCAGCGUAG